AUGGCCAAUCCAUUUUUAAUUGAAGACACAACAUCUACUUUUACUGAUAGUAAAAAUGCAUUCAAUCCAUUUGUAACUAGUACAACCGCUGAAUUAGAAUCUCAUAAUGACAACCCUUUUUUCUCAUCAUUUGGUGCAUCAAAUGCUGUUCAAGAUAAUACAAAUCCAUUUUUAUCAUUCACGCAAAAACCUGAAUCACCUCAUCAAGUGGCUGAUCUACUGGGUAUUAAUGAAAAAAAUCAUCCUACUGUUAUUAAUCAGGAUGCCACAAAGGUGAAACCUCCACCCCCAAGACCAGCUCCUCCUAAAAGACCACCCCCAAGACCAACAGCGCCUUCACACGUUGCUAAAGAACUCAUUCUGAGUGUUACAGGAGAAAUGGAUGCUACUUCAUUACAUUUGUUGGACAGAUUAGCAAAAACUCCUAGUCCUACUCCAAUGAGAGAUUUAUUAUCUCCUAGUCCAACACCAACAGCUGAUCUAUUAGGAUAUGAAGAUCUUCAACCGCCAAUAACAUCUCAAACAACUAAUCUUUUUAACCAACAGCCUAACAUUAUUGAUUUUCCUUCCGGACCAAAACCAGAAAGACCCAAAUUUCCACCGAAAAUUGAUUUCCUUAUGGAUGAUUUAUUAGACGACGUUCCAAUUAACGAAGGUAUACAUUCUGAGGAAGGAUUAAUACACCAAAUAACCCCAACUAUUCCAGAAAGUCCACUUAAAAUGUGUGAAUCUAAACCGGAAUCUAGGAAAUCGUCCAAUGAAUUUAUUCCUUCAGUGAGGAGAUUAUCACAUGAUGUUACAGAAUCAAGGAAAAUUAUGCCCGAUUUAAGUAAAGUUUCUUAUCGUAGAAAAUCGGACAUUGGCCAUUUUGCGCCAUUAUUGCCUUCAAGAAAGCCCGUUAGUCAAAGUGAUCAAUCAUUACAGGAUAUUAAACCUGAUUACACAAUCCAAGAACUUAAUGAAUCCGAGGAAAAAUCAAUUGUUGAGGUGUUUAAUAAUUUACCAGAAAAAACUUUAACGCCAACUAAUGUCCAAGAACUAAAUAUAAAAGAGGAAAAUAUUACGACAGCACCCCUUGAAACGAAUAUUAUUUUGGAGGAAGAAAAAAAUGGAUUAGAUUUCGAUUUACAACAAAAUGUAGAGCCUUCUAAUCAUUUUGAAAACACCUCUACAACAAAUGACACAAAUAUAACACCAUUUACUGAAUCGAUAGAAAAAGAAAAUGUUACCUUACAUGCUUUUGAUAAUGAUAUGGUUUUACCAUCUUCAGAAUCGUUCUCUCUGUCAAUUGAUGAAGUAAUUCAUCAGAAAUCAGUUGAUGCAUAUGAAGUAAAGCCGAUACCACCAGUACCUGAUCCGUCGCCCUUCCAAGAAAUCCCUUCUCAAGAAACUCCAUUCAAUGCAGUAUUUGAAACUGAACAAAUAGCGACUACACUGGUCAAUGUACAAGAAUCUCAACAGUUAGAUAGUGUAGAUCCAAUUUCAACCACUGUUAAUGAGUCAUUCCCAGAACCAACUGCAGUUAUGGGAAAUGAUGCAUUCGAUGCAUUUGUAGCGAAAUUUGAUGAUUCUCAGAAUGAUUGUAAUACAUCUGGAGGAGCUUUCGACGCAUUCGGUGGUGUUUCGGGAGAAACAUUUGAAGAUUCAGCAAUGGGUUUCGGAACCGAUGAUAAUUUUGAUUCAUUCUUAACAACUCAUCCAAUACCUGCUGCACCACAGUCAACGCCAGCAAAACUCACAAGAAACAAUUCUGGGGAAUCUUUAGAUGAAAAUGAUUUUAAUGUUUUUAUAAGGUACUCAGAAUUCAUGUAUACAAUUUCUUAGUUCAUAACUUAAUAAAUAUUUUUUUAUUUAGACCUAAAACUGACUCGGAGAAUGUCGAUCAAUCUGCUGUUCCUUCUAUAGCUCCUCCGCCAAAAGUGCCUACGAGUAUAUUUCAAGAGGGAACAACUUCAAGGUUUAAUCCAUUCGAUCAAGAGCCAAAUGAAACAAAUUUCAAAAGUCAAGGUCAUUAACCCAUUCAUUAAUUGAUAUAUAUACUUUGAAAAUCAUUAAUUGCUAUUUAAAUUUAUUAAUUUUAUUAAUUUCUUACAGAUACAUAUACUCCUCAACAGAUUCCACAGCGAACAGAUUCUCAAGAAACACCCCCUAGUCCGUUGUUUGAUGAUGAUGUUUCCCAACCUCUCGAAGAAUUCCCACGUGUUAAUUACAAUGAUGAAGGCUGGGCAAUGGAGUUGAGACAGCCAAAUAAGAAAAAAAUUACUGCCCAUCGGUUUUGGAAAAAAAUAUUUGUUAAAAUCACUUAUCAAGGGGAAAAUCCUGUCCUUCAAUUAUACAAUACUAAAGAUGAUAAAGACCCAUUUCAAGAAUUACCAUUACAGCCAAGUUAUUCUGUAUCCGAUAUUGGUAAAAUAUAAAUAAAUAACUAAUAAUAGGUAUUUAAAUUUUAAAUAUUGAUAUUUUUAGGGGCCCAACAAUAUGAUCAAUAUGGUAAAAUAUUUACUGUAAAAUUGUUGUACAUAUUCUAUAAAGAAAAAGCAGGAUUUAGACCAGGUCAAGUAACAAAAGCUGAAAGAUUAACCAACAAAUUGAGUCAAUUCGCAGCAUAUGCUAUUCAGGGUGAUUAUCAAGGCGUUAAAGAAUUUGGCAGUGAUUUGAAAAAAUUAGGAUUGCCCGUAGAACACGGAGCUCAAGUAAGAAAUUAACAUUAAUAUUAAUUUAUUUUUCCUAUCAUAGUAUUAUAAAGUAAUAAAUAUAAUUCAAUAAAAUACGAAUGUCCAGUAUAUUACCACAUGAAAUAAUUUUGUUUUUUUCUGCAGACUACGACACUGCUCAAAUUGGGAAGUCAUAGUUAUGAAGACAUGAAACAAUUUAGUAUUUGCAUUGAAGAAGCCCUGUUCAAGCUUUCAGCUCAUCGUGAUAGAGCGUUGAAUUAUAAAGUAGAAGAUGUGCAAAUUACAGCAAUAGAUGAACUUUUUGUUGACCAAAAUUCACAAGGAUCGGUACUGAAACAAAUUGCACGAGUCCGUUUAUUCUUUUUAGCAUUUAUGUGUGGUGAGUAUUAAAACCUGCAGUGUUAUUAAUAUUAUAUAUUCAAGAAACAAAAAGAUUCUUAUACAUUUUUUUGGAAAUCAGGAAUGCCUGAUGUCGAAUUGGGUGUAAAUGAUUUAGUUCGACAAGGAAAAGAAGUAGUCGGCCGCCAUGAUAUAAUUCCAGUAGUUACUGAAGAAUGGAUUCGUUUAGAAGGAGUCGAAUUCCACAAUUGUGUCCAGCAGGACGAAUACGAGAGAACAAGAACUAUAAAGUACCACUUGGAAUUAUUUUUAAUACUGGAUUUUAAAAUAUUUUAUUUAUCAUUGAAAAUUGUGUAGGUUCAAACCUCCCGAUGCUUGUUACAUUGAACUUAUGAGAUUUAGAGUUAGACCACCCAAGAACAGGGAACUGCCGUUACAAUUAAAAACGACAAUGUGCAUUACGGGAAAUAAGGUUGGUGUUAUUAUUUCAUAACUUUGUGUUUCCCGACAUUUGAAAUAAAUAAAAUCGAACAUUUCAGGUGGAAUUAAAAGGAGAUGUGCUCGUGCCGGGAUUUACGAGCAGAAAAUUGGGACAAGUACCUUGUGAAGACGUAGCUAUACGGUUUCCUAUACCAGAAUGUUGGAUAUAUCUAUUCAGAGUGGAAAAGCAUUUUAGAUACGGUUCUGUAAAAUCUGCACAUAGAAGGUAAUUGCACAUACAAGGGCUAUUUUUGGUGUAUAACUAUAAUAAUAACAUUAUAUUAUGUUUUUAAAGGACGGGCAAAGUAAAAGGUAUAGACAGAUUCCUUGGUACGAUGGACAAUCUUGAACCACACUUGAUCGAAGUGACAUCUGGUGAAGCCAAAUAUGAACACCAUCAUAGGGCUGUGGUGUGGAGAAUGCCUAGAUUACCGAAAGAAGGCCAAGGUUUUUUUCUAAUAAACAAAUUAUUUUAAUAAUCUGCUAUAAAAUGAGAAUAAUUAUUUUAAAACAUAAAUUAUCUUUCUUAGGAGCGUACACUACUCAUAAUCUUGUUUGUCGUAUGACUCUGACAUCAUACGAUCAAGUCCCCGAGGAACUGGACAAGUAUUGUUAUGUAGAAUUUACAAUGCCGACCACCCAAGUUUCGCACACAACCGUCAGGUCGGUAUCAAUAGUAAAUAGUGAAAAAGACGCUCCCCCAGAAAAAGAUCUAAGACUGAUGGCCAGACACGAGUACAGGUACCUAAACUAUUAUAACGUACAUAUAACCUAUAUUAUAUUCUCAAACGAUUAAUCGAACACGGCAUAUUAACUAAUAAUAAUAAUAUUAAUAUAUUAUUAUCAGGGUGGAAAUCGAGCACAUACAUGGACAAAUCGAAGAAAAUCCGUAUCUGGCAGCGACUGCAAUGCCAAGAAGUCCGCAAUCAGCUGCGGCAGAAACGAAACCACCGCCAACGGCUGCUUCCGACAGCGAUUCUUCUUCUUAA